AUGGCAUUACCACCACUACCAUUCAAGGUUAAAACCAACGUGUCAUGGCCCGGGGAGGAGGAAGGAGACUUGGGCUUUCUAGAAAACGAGUUGAUCCAGGUGUUUUCCAUCGUGGACGACAGUUGGUGGAGCGGGAAACUUAGGCGUAAUGGCGCCGAAGGGAUAUUUCCCAAGGACUAUGUUGAAAUCGUAGUAGAGCAGCAGCAAUUCCCACUUUCAAGCACUUCCAAUUUGGGCACACCAACCAAGAACGAGUACCGGAAAAGCGGCAGCAGCACCCCUAUCAAGCAAAAUGGCCAGGGCCCUCUACUCAAUUACAAAAUGGGCGGGUCUUCUAUGAACAACUUGAGUCUGCAGAGAUACUCCGAUAACGAAAGCGACAAUAACAGAGGCCACAUGUUGGCGCACUCUGAAAUAGAACACGGUUACAGGCUGCUGCAAAACGCAUCUCCAAAGGGCAAAUACACGUACCAACAACAAGAGCAAUUGUUACGGCAAAGAGAACUCGAAAUCCAGCACCUCAAGCUGGUGCAGAUGCAGAUGCAGAUGCGCACUCUGGGACCGACCACUCUGAAUGGCAGGACAAGCGCGUCUGGCCUGGCGGUGAAUCUUGCCACUUCCCAGAUCCCACAUGGCGCUAUUCGGCAAACCUAUUCGCAACAACACUUGCCUCAGCACAUCACGAACUCGCUGUAUUCAAAGAACUCCAUUUCUUGUGAUGAUUUUAGAGGCAAGGUUGCCAACGAGCACAUACAGGCGCAGUACCAACACAGUCCGAAAAGAACGCUUGCUUCAAAAGUUGCUCCGGAACCAGGUUCUUCUUUAUACCAGAAAGAUUUGAGACGGAUCCCCAAAGAACAGGAAAUCUUGAAGGAGUACGAAGAAAUAGCCAAAAAGAGAGCUCAGCUCGAGGUGGAGUUGCAGAAGUUGAAAAGUGGCGAUGUCCCAGCCGGCCCCAAUUACUCGUACAAGUUGCCGUUACCAUCGCCGUCGCCUCCAGUUUCAGCUUCACCAUCGCCGUGCCCUUCACCUGUGAAAGCUCUGGGACACAACCUGUCUUCAAUCAAUUCCUACGGCACCCAGAGCGAUGAAAACAGCAAGACCCGCUCUCGCGAUGACUUGAGCAAGAAGCUUUCAAAGUAUGUCACUGAUGAGGAGGAAGACGCUGGCGAUGUGAUCUACGAGCAACCAAUGACAAAUUACAAAAGUCGUCCUGGCCCAUGCACUGGUGCCAAUGGUGGUGGUGAUGAAUCUCCACCGCCGCCACCGCCUCCGAAACAUUCAAAUGCCACCGCCAACAACAACAACAACAACAACUACAAUGGCCCACAAGGCGUAGGGUUUCACUCUAGCCAACUGCAAAUGCGAAUCCCUUUCGAUGGCGACGAUUUCAAAGUUUCGAGCCACAAGGAAGACAAUCGUGCUUACGUUGACGAGGAAACUUAUCGAAAAUUGUAUUUGCAACAUGAGGACUUGAAAAGUUCAAUCAAGUCCUUGCAAAGCGACGUUAUGAACUUAUCUGAGUUGAGCGCAACCAGUGCGGGCUCGUUCAUGAGACACAAGUACGAGAGGGGGUUACAGGAAAGCCAAUUGCGGAUGUCAAAUUUGAUGAUUGGUGGUGACGACAACUACGACGACGAUGGUGGCGCUGCUGCUGCUGGUGCUACUGAUGUGAGCAGGGAGUUGAAACUGAAUGUCAUGGACUCGGUAUUUGAAGACAAGAAAAAGAAUGGCAACAUUUUCAAAAAGAUGUUGCGGAGGUCGACGCAUGAGCAACUAAACCCCAUAGAGAGAAAGUUUAAAGAAGAAAGCGAAAUCGACUGGGCAGCCUAUAAGGUGGAUCUCGGCAGAAUGAAGUCGUUGACUUCCCAGGAGAAGCAAGGACGGACAAAGCGGGAAGUGAGAAAAGAGGGCAACUUGAUCGUCAGGCCUUUGGACUACAUAUCCGAGAUCAACACCAAUGAAACCACCACUGCCACGGAAACAGAGGAUGCAACGCGACUCGAAGAUGUCGCGUACCAAAAAGUGCAGGCUUUUGUUGACAAGUAUGACGUUAGUCACGAUUUUAACGAUUUCAUCUCGGACGUGUCGAUGAAAUUUCACAAGUCCACCGUGAAUAAAGUCAGAUGUGUGCUCAUGCAUCUCAGCAAGUUCCACAUUAUCGAAGAGACAUCGAGCAUUCUGCAGAUCAAGCCCAAGCUAAUGGAAGUGCAGAAAAAGGGCGAGGCGUCCGUUUUCCAACUAAAUUACAUUUUUAAAAAGAUACUCGAUGCGUUGAGGAUCCCGUGCGAAAUAGUGUUGGGGUUCUGGAAGAAGCCGAAUGAAUUCUACCACAAUGAGCAGUACUUCAUCAACCAUUGCUGGUUGUCGGUAUUGAUCGACGGCAACUUUAGGUUGGUUGACAUUUACAAUUUUGUCAAUGCGUCCAUUUGCAAUCUCCGCGAGUCCAAGGUCAAUGAGUUUUACUUCUUGACCGAGCCAUUGUGCCUAGUGUCGACGCAUAUACCCUCGAUUAUAGACCUACAGCACGUCAUGCCUCCCAUCGACCCAAACAUUGCUUUCUACUUGCCGAGAACGUACUCUGGGUUUUACGCUAGCGAGCUCCAAUUUGCCAAUUUCAACAAUGCGCUAACCAGACUCAAGGAUUUGGAAGUGUUUGAAUUGGAGCUCCACCUUCCCAAAAACAUUGAGCUUUUCACCCUUGUCAAGACGCUGAAAGUGACCACCAACGAGUUGAGUCUUUGCCAGGUGAAGUGGGCCAACCACCAACGAGUAGCCAAGAUCAAAGCCAUCUUGCCCCAAAAUGAGCAGAUUGGAGUGUUGCAGAUAUUUGCCGGGCCCAAGGGUCUCCAACGACACUUUGACAAUAUUCACGAACUCGCAAUCGUGGUUCCCCUCAUGCAUGAGGGGCAAUCUAGACAACUCAAGCUCGUGCAGAGGUACCCCACGGUGCAAAGCCAGAACCACGACUUGUACAUCGUCAAGCCGCAAACCUACAAGCUCAUCGCCAAGAACCCGUACGUGUUUGAAAUCGAGCAGUACCCGAGCCAAGGCAUAGACUCGCGCAGCGCUCAAAUGGCGCAGGAUUUCAAAAUCGUGAUUGAGUCGCCGCUGGGCAAGUAUUUCAAAUUGACGAGAGAAGACGAGCUGGGCCAUCUGGGCGUGAAACCUUACGGCGUGUAUUCGUCGAACAUCAAGUGUCAAGAAGUCGGGAUGUAUCGUGGUUUGGUGAUUGGCGAUAGUGGCAACAGCUGGUAUGUGUUUGCCCAGUGGGAGAGCGUGGGCGGCCUGGUACUCAACUGA